CUAGAUCAGAAAGUGGUCUCAUUCUAGCCUAUGAAAUGUUCUUCUUGUUGAAAAUCAGCUUUACUGAAUAACAUUUUGUCAAUAUGCAUGCUUUUAACAAAAGGUUAAUGCCUGCUCGGUGAUGUAUAAAGUUUUAGACACUUUGCAUUUAUAAUCUGACUGUACAUGUUGAGGCGUCUCUUUACCAACUUCCUUUUUUUUUCUGGUGAUGUCAGUGACACUCAGCACAGUUUUCACUUCGUCUUUGUUACAUUCUGUCGCUGUCAUUUGAUUAUGUCACAUUGUUAUAACAGUUAUUUGCUCAGCUACCAUCUCUGAGUAAUGUUUUCAUGGGGCUUGGGAGAUUCUUUUAAGAGAGUAGGUCAUUCAACUUUUAUUUCCUGGAAGGAUUUUUGCGAGGCGUUGAACAGACAUAAUGAUGACAUGCAUGGUUGGAUCCAGAAACUCUUGAAAUCAAGAGUAUCUUCAUCAGCACAAUGUGAACAAGAGGCAAAAGUGACAAAAAAAUCAGUGUCUUCUGUCAGCAGCGUGUCACCUUCAUCUACAUCGUCAUGCUCUUCUUCGUCAUCAUCGUCACUGGGGACAACCCCUUCAAAACCACUGCAGCCACAGUCUGCUCUGAGCUCACUGCUGCGAUGGAGCCAAAAGUAUGACGUGUUUGUGUGCCACAGCUCUGUGCACAGUGACAUUGAAGAGGCUGUACGCCUGGUCUCUUUCCUGGAGGCUUCACCCCGUAGCCUGAGGUGCUUUCUAAUGCAGAGGGAUGCCUGUCCAGGGGGUGCAAUUUCCACAGAGUUAUGCCAGGCUGUGCAGAACAGCCACUUAAAGGCUCUGCUUAUCACUCCUAACUUCCUGCAGGAUGAUUGGUGCAAGUACAUGAUGCACCAAGUUCUGGCAGAGGCGCCUAUGUCCAAUCGGAUUAUCCCGUUGAUUCAGAACCUGUCCCACUCUCAAUAUCCUCAGGAACUGAGGUUCUACUUCUACAUUGACCUGAGCAGGAACCCUGACCAAGGUUAUACCCUCAUCAACAAGGCUGUGCUCAAGUACUUGGAAGACCUGGUUAAAAAAGAGAAGACACUUGAUUGCAAUAUGGAUAACUAGCAAUGGACUAAGGGGAGAAGGUAGCCCAAAAAAAGACAAGCUGAUGCCAAAAGUAUGACCCCGCUGAGACUUCAAUACCGCUGGAAGUGAUAGAGAAGAGAGAUGAAAGCUUCAAUGACGUUUGCUGUGAUCAUCAUAAACAGUAAUUAAAGACUGUGAUGAAGGGCCAAAGGCUCUGAAUGGAUAACACUGUUGCUAUUGAACAAACUCAACUCUAGUGACCCUUUUAUCACAUCGUGUUGGGAUUUAAAACAAAGUCCUGUUUUGAUGUGCGUAACCAACACUGGGUGUGUGUUUGUGUCGGUACGGAUGUUCAUUCAGUGAACAGGAAACAGUUGCACUGGGGCUUAUUUCCUGUAUCAGAUCAAGAGAAGUACAGCUUGUGCCAACACUUUGCGAUAACUGCCAUAAACGAGCACAUGACAUGGGACUUUCUUUUCAUAGUCUCGGCUUGUUACACAUAAUUUAGUUAAACUGCAGCCCAUAAUUUAAGUUAACAAUAAAGGGCACUCAAGCACAA